AGAGCCAAGAAGCGCUCUAUAAAAGAACUUGCUCUUCUAUCACUCAGAAGCUUUCUAGGAAAACAACAAAUUGACAUUUACAACUGUAGUGAAACCGUACACAUACCGACGGAACUACACCUGUUCAGUGACCAUUUGGGCAUAAACCAGUACCAACACAUACUCAGAAAGACUUUAGAAGAAGACAAAAACAAAAACCAUGGCACUUCUGGUUUUGCCUCUGUUGGGGGCUUUGUCAGUCUCUGAGAGCCUUGUGGCCAUUACAACAGUGUGUUUGGUAUACCUGCUCUUGCAACUCCGCACAAAAAUCCCAGAAGGUCUCCGCCAGCUUCCGGGUCCCAGGCCCCUCCCGAUCAUCGGCAAUGUUCUGGAAAUUGGCGGCAACCCUCACCUGAGCCUCAGCGCCAUGACCAAGCGCUAUGGUCACGUGUACCAGAUCCAGAUCGGCAUGCGGCCCGUGGUGGUCCUCAGCGGCAUCGACAUGGUGCGGCAGGCGCUCAUCAAGCAGGGCGAGGACUUUGCCAGCCGUCCUGACCUCUACAGCUUCCAGUUCGUCAACGACGGCAAGAGCCUGGCCUUCAGCUCCGACCAGGCCGGGGUGUGGCGUGCCCGCCGCAAGCUGGCCAUGAGCGCCCUGCGCUCCUUCUCCACGCUGGAGGGCGAGAAUCCAGCCUACUCCUGCGUCCUGGAGGAACAGAUCAGCACGGAGGGCAUCUACCUGGUGGAGCGCCUGCAGACGGUGAUGGACGACAGCGGCAGCUUCGACCCCUUCUGCCACAUCGUGGUGUCAGUGGCCAACGUCAUCUGCGGCAUGUGCUUUGGUCGGCGCUACAACCACGACGACGAGGAGCUGCUGAACCUGGUCGAAAUAAGUGAAGAAUUCGGACAGGUGGUGGGAAGCGGGAACCCUGCUGACUUCAUUCCCUUCCUCCGUUUCCUGCCCGGCAGCUCCAUGAAGAAGUUCAUGGCCAUCAACGACCGCUUCAACAAGUUCAUACAGAAGAUGGUGGGGGAGCACUACGAGUCCUACGAUAAGAAUAACAUCCGCGACAUCACAGACUCACUCAUUGACCACUGCGAGGACAGGAAGCUGGAUGAAAACUCAAAUGAGCAAGUGUCGGAUGAGAAAAUUGUCAGCAUUGUCAAUGACCUCUACGGUGCCGGAUUUGACACCAUCAGCACAGGUCUGUCAUGGGCUGUUAUGUAUUUGGUGGCCUACCCAGACAUCCAGGAAAGACUACACCAAGAAAUAAAGGAGACAGUUGGGAUGGAGAGAAACCCACAUCUGUCGGAGAAGUCCAGGCUCCCUCUUUUGGAAGCCUUCAUCUUUGAGCUGUUCCGUCACUCCUCCUUCGUUCCUUUAACUAUCCCACACUGCACUGCAUCUAAAGACACAUCUCUCAAUGGAUACUUCAUCCCUAAAAACACUUGUGUGUUCAUCAACCAGUAUCAGGUCAACCACGACCCUGAGCUGUGGAAGGACCCUGAGGUCUUCAUGCCAGAGCGUUUCCUGUCUGCUGACGGCACGGAGGUGAACAAGUUGGAGGGCGAGAAGGUGCUGAUCUUCGGCGUGGGCAAGCGGCGCUGCAUCGGCGAGGCAAUCGGCCGUGCCGAGGUCUUCCUCUUCCUUGCCAUCCUCAUCCAGCGCCUGCAGUUCCACAAGAUACCCGGCCAAAAACUGGACAUGACCCCUGAGUACAGCCUCACCAUGAAACACAAACGGUGCCACCUGCGGGCCACCUUGCGCCCACGGGAGGAAAACUGAAGGUGAGGGGCGGGGGGGCAGCUCGCCCCAGAAUUUGCACCUAAAUAUUAUUUGUCUUUUCAGGCGGGUGCAAAUCGCAAAUACUGUAUAAAAUCCGAUUUGUUUGCAUUAGCAAGUGGAACAGUGGAACAGGGUACACUGUACUAUCUGUGGUAAAAGCAGUUUGUGCGUUAUCAGAGCGUUCUCAACGAACUCGCUGCUGAUUGGACAGGGACACAAGAUCCUUUGCUCAUCCAAUUAACUGGCAAUUCUGCAGAUGAAUCCUCUAUCUGAGCCCAUAGCUACCUGUGAUCUCAGACAAGAGGGACCUAGUAGAAGAAAGCAGAUCUUUUCCAAGCAAAUUCAGCUCAGGUCAAACAAUCCUACACUGUUUGAUGAUGUAUAGCAAGAACAUACAUAUGAGCUGCUAAUUAAAAGGAGUAAUUUUCAUCAGAAGGGAGGUUUAUUGAAAAUAUUGUGCCGCACAGAGGGGUAAAAUAUGUUAUAAUGGAAGGUGAUGUGACCCACCACCCACUUUUUAAGCAUAAAUAAAUAAAUAAUAUAUCUAUAGCUAAAUUGACAGAGGAAAUGCAACAAGUGCCUUUUAUAAUGUAGCCUAGAGAGGACCACACAUGCUGCAAAUAAAUCUUUGAUGUGUUGAAUUAGGAUUACAUCAAAUUAAGGCCAUCUGUAUAUCAGUCCUCUGAAUAUGAGGGGUUUUAAAAAAAAAUGAUGGGUUUUAAUAAACUAAAGCUAUUUUGUAUAACGGUUUAGUCCUCUUAUGUGAUAGGAUGUGUAUUAUUUUGACUGUUGACUGUGAACAAGAUUUGAAUGUGCCUGAAAGGGUUUAUUUUGUAUUCCUAUAUAUGGCAAAUAUGCCAUUUGUUCUGUUAUUGCCUUUUACCCCCACAGAACAAUUUGUUUAUCUGCUGUAUUCCCUGUUUGAGAGUGUAAGGAGUCAAACACUGUGCAGACAAUGAAGGAUUUGAUAAAAAAAAAAAAAAAGACACUGAGCUGUGAAACUCUGAAGAACAUAAUAACAAGCUAUUAAUUAUUCAUUAAUCCCAACUUUGUAUAUUGUAUUUUUGUGAAUAUUUUUUUCUCUUGAUUAAUUGGUGUAACUUGUUUGUGUAUUUAUAAGUAAACAAAGAAGAAAAUUAAAUAAUAAACUGUUCCUUAGUUACUGAUA